AAAAUGAUACAUGUGCGUGCGCUCAACCCCUUAUAGAGAGUUACAGUGGAUGUAAAAAGUGGGCACGCGUAAUGACCAUUUAACAUCUAAUCAAAGAUACGCUGAUACAGUAAUGUUGGAGAAAUGUCUCAAACAGGUCAAUCUCUCAGGAGGAAAUGUUUUUUUUUUAAAUUCUAGAUUCAAUAUUAAGAAAGAAAGCGACCAAAUGCUGUGAGUUUGCUCAAGUGUGACUUCACACCUCACCAUUGUGGCGCAUGGAAACACUUGGGGACGCGUCAAAAGCGCAAUUUGGCGCAGGCUGCCAUGGACCUGAUAAAUAGGAGGUUUCUUGCUUUCAGCCGCACAUCCUCUGAGGACUUGACACAGGACCGACAACCACAAGGAGCCAUGGAGACUUUCACUACCAGCAGUGGAUUAACUUCUGUUUUUACUGGAAACAACGUUGCCCACAAGCAGUCCGGCUUGUGGAGACCGUGGACUGGGAAAGAGGAGAGAAAAACUGACGCACACAAGACUCCUUCCAUGCACGGAGGCCUUUCUGAUGCAAACUACCCCAAAAUUCCUCAGGUCGUUCACCCAGUCAAAUUGUACUGGCCGAAAUCGAGAUGUUUCGAUUACCUGUACCAGGACGCAGAGAUGCUCCUGCGCAACUACCCGGUCCAAGCGACCAUCUGCCCCUAUGAGGACUGCAGCAGCGAUGAAGACAGCGAUGAUGAGGAGGAGGAGGUGGAGAAGGAGCUGAAUUAAAAGUCUCGCUUUGAAGACAAAUUGUUGCCUAAUAUAUAUUUCUCUUAAUUUAUUCCUGUAAAUAUUUGUA